ACACACACACACACAUAUAUAUAUUUAUAAACACACACGCAUAUUCAUACAUACAUACAUACGGGCGUUAAAAGCUAACAUUAUCACAUAAUCGUCAAAGCCGUCAUCAGCAUUAUCGUCAUCCGUCAUCCUUCAACUCUGCCCUUAUAAAUAUUAUUGUUGUUGUCGUUGUCGUGUCGUCGUCGUCCUGAUGGAGAGAAAGAUAAAGAAGAAGAAGCAAGGGGUCGGCUUGGCUCAUUUAAUGAGGCAAUUACAAUAUGGGAAAUUACAGGGUCACGCCAAAUUGCCACCGGUCACCAUGGAUGGCGACGAGAACCCGGUUCUUAAAACCCUCAGGGAAAACGUCAUAGGGUCAGACCUGAUAGUCAAUGGCCCCUAUGGGCCAGUCAAAGUUAUCUACUGUGAUUUUACAGCAUCAGGAAGGUCAAUGAAGUUCAUUGAAGAUUACAUAAAUGAAUAUGUCCGACCAUUCUACGGCAACACACAUACAACCACGAGUAUAGUCUCCAGACAGACGACCAAGUUCAGGGACGAGGCCAGACAAAUUAUCAAGAACUGUGUGAAUGCCACGGACGAUGAUGUGGUCAUCUUCUGUGGAGCUGGCUGCACUGGGGCCAUUCACAAGCUGAUUGGGGGUCUGGACAUACAGGAGGAACAGAAGGAGAAGACGGUAA